GGCGCGAAAGGCACGGCUGUGGUAUGUGGUAGCGCGCGACACAAGUGACAGAAAUUGCACGCGUGUGCGUACGCGUGAGUGACUUUCGUCUCGUUUCCCCUUUUUUUAUUUUCUUUUUUUUUUAUGAUCCAGAAAACGCGACGAGAGAAACGGUCCAGGCGGAGUCGAACGAUGUCGCGAGAUUGAUUCGACAAACCAACUAUCAGCCGGUGCGCGCCUCGGUAGAUUCUGUUAAGUUCAACGUCCUGUUCCCUUCCUAUCUCCCUUUUCUUCUCUUUUCCUUCCUUUAUGGUUAAUUACCUAGACAUACCCUGUAGGUGACAUUUUAUAUCUCACAAUCAACACUCACUCCGCAUUUCGAAAAUAUUUUCGAAAGUACUUCGUAACAAUACCAAAGAAUACAAAAUAGCAUGCCAAAUCAAGGCAGAAUAUCAAGUCGCAUCUUUCUAUUGUGCGUUUUCCUGACCAGUUCGACAUGGAUUGUUGUUGGAAAUCCCAUUUGGUACAGGACGAAACGGGAAGCGGAGAUAGCGUCGACCAACUGGACAGCACUCGCCGACGAAUGGAUCGCGGCGAAGGCCAGGGCCGCCGAAAGAAUGGACGUAGCUCUGCUACCGUUCAACGACAGAUUCCGGGAAUUACCGCCUACGGCGGAGACCUUCGUCGUUAACGGCACGAGCGCGGAACAAUUGGAACGGUUAAAUUACUCGCGGAUGCUGUGGGACAUGGAAACGGUCCAGCCGAACGGGCAUCUAUCUGGAUUCGUGGACAAAGCUCUCAAGCUGCUAGACCUGAGGCAAGUGAUGAUGGAAGUUGAGACAUCCGUCAUGUCUAAAGUUUCUUGCACCGCUUGCAAAGUCGGCGCUAGUUUGCUGCAGCAUUACAUAAAGACCGGCAAGAGCGACGAGGAGAUUAUGGCUAGCAUUUAUCAAUUCUGCGUGUCGCUCAACAUACAAAGCCCCCGAGUUUGUCACGGAGUCACCAUGCUGUUUGGGGGGGAGGUGAUUUAUGUGCUGAAACAGGUGAACAUGGGUCCAGCGCAGAUCUGCAGCUUCGUAAUCGGCGAUGCGUGCGAAGACCAGUUCAAUCCGCUGCACGAAUGGGAGGUAGCCUUCCCACCGGUCAAGAAACCGCCGAUCAAGCCACCGAUCCCGCCGCAGGAAGGCGCGCCAACGUUCAAGGUCCUGCAUAUAUCUGACACGCACUACGAUCCGUACUAUCAGGAGGGUGCGAACGCCGAGUGCAACGAGCCGCUCUGCUGUCGGCUGACGAAUGGCGCUCCGUUGACCGCGUCGGCCGCGGCUGGAAGAUGGGGCGACUACAGAAAAUGCGACACGCCCAAGAGAACGAUCGACCAUAUGCUCAAGCACAUCGCCGACACACAUUCAGACAUCGAUUAUAUUUUGUGGACUGGAGACCUUCCGCCACAUGAUGUGUGGAAUCAAACGAGAGAAGAAAAUUUAAAAGUCUUGCGUGACACGGUCGCGCAGAUGGUGGAGAUGUUUCCAGGAAUACCGAUCUUUCCGGCCUUGGGAAAUCACGAGAGCGCACCGGUCAAUAGCUUCCCACCUCCUUUCGUGCCUGAAGAGAAUAGUAUCUCGUGGUUGUACGACGAACUUGAUAAACAGUGGCGACUUUGGCUACCGGCCGGUGUAUCCCAUACUGUACGUCGUGGCGCUUUUUAUUCGGUCUUGGUUCGACCGGGUUUCAGGAUUCUGUCUGUUAACAUGAAUUAUUGUAAUAACAAAAAUUGGUGGCUACUGAUCAACAGCACGGAUCCGGUCAGCGAACUGCAGUGGCUCGUGUACGAGCUGCAGGGCGCGGAGAUCAACGGUGAGAAGGUGCACAUAAUCGGGCAUAUACCUCCGGGACAUUCAGAUUGUCUCAAGGUGUGGUCGAGAAAUUACUAUCACAUAAUCAACCGCUAUGAAUCAACUAUCACGGCACAAUUCUUCGGGCACACGCAUUACGACGAGUUCCAGUUAUUCUAUGAUACAUCAGACCUUGGUAGAGCGGUUAGCAUCGCCUAUGUUGGUCCUUCGGUCUCGCCAUAUUAUGAUCUCAAUCCCGGCUACAGGAUAUAUUACAUUGAUGGAGAUCACGCCAAGACUACAAGAAUGGUCGUCGAUCACGAGAGCUGGGUCAUGAAUCUCAAGGAAGCGAAUCUUUAUGAUUACCCGAUCUGGCAUAAGUUGUACAGCGCGCGGCAAGCCUACCAAAUGGCGUCACUCUUGCCGAGGGACUGGGACUCGCUGAUCGACAAGAUGACUAACGAGCCAGCCCUCUUUGAUCUCUAUUACAAACAUUAUUACAAAAACUCUCCAGUGCGACCGGCAUGUAAUGACGAGUGUCGCAAGAGAUUGCUCUGCGAUCUGCGCAGCGGAAGAAGCCACGACCGAAAGGCAUUAUGCCAGAGUUUGGAAGCGAGAAUCGACGAUGAAACGAAAACAGGCUGGCGUGCAUGGAUCUACAAGGGGCUCGCACUAUCAAAUACAGUAAGCUUGUUUGGUGGCGGAGAGUAACAACCGAUGACAUUUCUAUCUUCUACACUGCGCAUUAUAAAUGUCCGUGGUUAUGGCCAUCCCCAGGUUCGCGUACAAUUUACCAAAGUACGUCUUAGGACUGGGUUAGAACAAGGAAACGGACGCCAAGUGCAAAUGUAUGACUCAACUUGUGAUGUUAAAUUAUUAAAAAUAUUCAGGAUGUCCUCGUCGCGUUCAAAACGCGAGUUUCGACGCCGUUGACAAUUAUAUCCGUCGAAAUUGAAUACCGCGUUCGAUUAUUCAAAUAACAAUAUUAAUAAGAUAAAUUUUUACAUUUUUAUGAAAAGAAUUGAUCAAUUUUACGAAACGAAUUGAAAAAUUGACCUAUUAUCUUUUAAUAAAAUAGGUGCGCAAAAAAGAUUUAAGGAAAUGCAAACCAAGGAAAUAAUAUUUCAUGAUACUUAUGAUAUUUAGAUAUUAAGCGUAAUGAAGGUCGGAAAUUUUUUCUCAUUUGGAGAAACACGAUUCAAUCUAAUAUUAAAAUACAUCGACACAAUUUCAAUUUGUAAUGUGCAAAAUGCGCAAGAAAGUAUUUUACGUGAAUCAUCGCGUUUUAUCUAUUCAGGAAUGAAGAUAAUUAUCGAUUUCGUCGACAAAUCUGGGUUCAAUAAAAUUGCACCGUCUUCAAGCUGUUCUGAAUCCUCUAAUGAGCUUUGUGUAACAUAUGUAUGUAAAUAUAUGCAAAUCUUAUGAUUGCGCAGAUCAGUUUUCUCUCUCGGUACUCGUUAUAGUUGACAAAUGGCUAAUUAGUUUAUCAAACGCACAUGGUAUCAUCCCAUUUACACGCAUCAGUCAGAUUGACUUCGGACAAACACCGAUUAGCAUAAAAGGCGAAUUAGUUCGGCACAAUUAUUAAUUUUCGCUUAUAGCAAAAUUGUUGAUUACGAAUUACAUGAUUCGUUGUUUCUAAUCCUUCUUAUCGUACAACAAAAAAAUUAAUAAUUCUAUUCACUUUAGUAAGAUGUUAUAUAUGUAUUGCUUAACGAGUUAUGUGAUCGUCGACCAAUGUGCAUUUCUAUCAUAAUGCAGAUUAAACUUUAAUCUUUAACUUUUUAUCUUUUUCUAAUUUUUGAAACUAGAAAAGAAAAUAAAAAGUAAAUUAAAUCGAGAUUAAAAUUAAUCUACAUUCGUAGAAAAAUGGACAUGAGUCGCGACUGGAAUUCGAUCGACGACGCUUUUAGUAAUCAAAUCUCACGUUUACCGCUGUAUACUUCAUGUUUUUACAAAUAACACUGUGUAUGAUGAUACUUUAUAUACGAAAGAAAUUAAUUUACGGAUCGCGGCCGCAUUCGAUCGCUAAACGUGGGGUAUGAUUGCGCGGACCUUGUAAUAUCCACGAUUCGGAAACAUUCAGAAUGAACAUGAACAUGAACAUUUACAAAUCAAAACGCGCGAAUGCUCUCAGUGUUCCUAAUAUUUUGAUUGAUCUGUGACCUAGUCCAGAUAAUGUGCGUCGACCAUUUCGUUCAUCGUUAGUAUAGUGUAAUAUCGUGCGUUAUCGAAAUAGAGAAAAUAGACUAACAAAAAGAUGCUGGAUUAAGUCAUUUUUAAAUUCGAGCAAUCACAAUUCAUCGACGGAGAUAUAAACAGAGAGUGUUAAUAAAGAAAAAUGAUUUUCAUCUUAAUAGACGUUCUACAAAAUGAAACAAAAACAUAAAUGAUAAUAUCCUGGAUUGCAGAGAAAUUACACGACGAAUUUUAUUGUAUGUAUAAAAGGAAAAGUUUUAUUUAUUCACAAAUGGUUGUGUUUUCGCUGACGUUGUUGUUAUGUAUUAAAUAUAUUUUGAUAUA